AUGGACUCUUAUUCUGAUUCUUGUAGACUAAUACUUUGCUGUGAAGAUGACGUAGAUAUCCUUGAAUCAGUGAAAAGCCGCUGCAAAGUUAUCAACGUUGAAGCUCCUAUAACUCACGAAAUUAUGGAAGUUCUUAUUCAGAUAGCAAAAAAGGAAGGAUUUGAAUUAUCCGUGAACUUUGCUGCUAAAAUUGCAACAAAAUCAAAGCAAAACCUGAGGGGAGCGAUAAUGGCUCUUGAAGCCUGCAAAUCACACAAUUAUCCUUUCUCCGAGGACCAACCAAUUCCAAUAGGAUGGGAAGAGGCUCUAGUUGAACUUACUGCAGAUAUUCUAGCUGAUCCAUUGCCUAACAAAUUAUUUGUCAUUCGUGGAAAGAUCCAAAAACUUCUAUCUGAGUUCGUUCACCCGAAACUGAUUCUUCUGAAGCUUGUUGAACAAUUUCUUCGUGGAAUGGAGGCUAAUUCGAAGAGGGAACUUUAUUAUUGGCAUGCUUACUAUGAUAAGAGACUCCCCAUUGGAACAGGUGCCUUGUUAAAAUUAGAAGAAUUUGUGGCCAAGUUUAUUAGCAUAUACAGAAAGAACUCCAGGAAUCGUUAG